CCCCGUCCUCCGCGGAGCGCGGUGCCGGGAGGCGCGGGCAGAGUCCGCGGGGAUGGGGCGGCCGCCGGCCCCCGGCCCAACCCGCCCGCUCCCGCCGCCCGCCGCCGCGCCCGCUCCCCGGCCGGCGGGAAGCGGCGGCUCUCCCCCGCCGCCCGCCUCGCCUCCUGCUCUGAAUCUCUGCCCGUCGGCCGGUCUGGGGGAGGUGAGGAAGGGGUACGUCCCCUCGCACUUCUCCCCCCGUCCUUUCUUUUCUCGUCCCCCCUUUUUUUGCCUUCCCUCCAUCACCCCCCACCUCCCAUCCAUCCCGUUUCUCCUCCACGGGGGCUCUUCGGCGGCCAUGCGGCCGGUCCCGGGCGAGCGGGUCUAACUCGCCCCUCGCCCGAAUGGCCCCGCGGAGCCGCGGGCGGAUGGAGCCGAGCUACGUCGUGGGUAUCUGCUGCCUGGUGCUGCUGGAGCCGGGCCGGGUGUGGAGCGGCGAAAGCAGCACCGGGGCGCCCGGCGAGAGCGGGAACGGCAGCCAGGCACCGGCGGCGGACACCACGGCCCCGGCGCCCACCGGGGCGGCACCACCGGGCGGGGACCGCUGCCGCGGUUACUACGACGUGAUGGGGCAGUGGGACCCGCCGUUCAACUGCAACGCCGGCAUCUACCAGUACUGCUGCGGGACCUGCGGGUACCGCUUCUGCUGCCAGUUCAAGCCCGGGCGGCUGGACCAGAGCGGCUGCUCCAACUACGACACCCCCAAUUGGGUUAACACGGGCCAGCCGCCCACCCGGGUGGACGAGACCCCCGAGGACCCUACUCGCGACAAGACCAACAUGAUCGUCUACAUCAUCUGCGGCGUGGUGGCCAUCAUGGUGCUGGUGGGCAUCUUCACCAAGCUGGGCCUGGAGAAGGCACAGGGUCCCCAGACGGAGAUGACCGUCUCCAGGACACUCACGGACCUGCUGAAGCAGCCAGGCCAUGGCCCCUCUGAGCACGUGGAUGGUCUCAUGGGGGGUGUGCAGGUGCCGCUGGGUGAGGGGCUGGCCUGCGGGUCCCCCAGGAACGGCACAGACAAGCCUCCCCUGAACAACGCGGUGGCCAUUGCCCCCCCGCUGGGGCGGCCCCACGGCCAUGGCAAGCGCCUGCCACUGGCCAGCAGCCUGGCCCUGCCGGCCCCUGCCUACGCUGCCUACACCACCCUCAAGGCUGGAGAGAGCGCCCCCGAGGACUUCUACCUGCGGCUGGGGGGCCCGGAGGCUGCCCCCGCCGGCACGCUGCCCUUCCCGCACGCCGAGGCGCCCGCGCUGCCCGAGGGCUGCGCCCUGCCCAAGGCCAAGCUGCCGGGGGGCCCGGCCUUCCCGGGGGGCUGGGAAGGGGCCGCCCCCCGCGCCCCCCGCCGGCCCGGCCUGCCCUUGGGCGCCGCCACCCCACUGUACGGGCAGGCGCCGCGGCACCUCGCCACCAACAGCAAGACCGAGGUCACCGUCUGACGCCGGCUCUGCCGCGGACGGGGCUGCCCCUCGCAUGAGCGUCGCUGACAGCAUCGCCGGAGCGAAGCGGCGCAGGGGCUUACGCGAACUGCGGCGGCCGGACGUGGUAGGACAUGUGCCGCCCUUCCCCUCCCGGGAAUGGGGGCUGGCGGCGGUACUUCCCCACCGCGGAGGCACCGUGCGCCUGGCUCUCACCUAGGCAACAAGUUUCGGCCGUUCUCAGCCUGCCCAGCAAAGGGGCUGAGCCGGGGGCACACGGGCAGUGCGCUGCUCAGGGGGCAGGGGAUGAUGCUGGACAGACUGCAGCCCCCAGCGAUGGGGGACACGUCCUGCCAGGGCCAGGCACCCCCACCCAGCUCCUGUGAGCAGGUGGGGGAAGAGCAAUGGACUCAGAGCACUGUCCUGGUGCUGCCAGCAGAGACAGAGCAGCCUCUUUCGCUCCCCAGCCUCCCCUUACCCACUGCCUCAGCCUCCACCUUGUCAAUAAAUACUACAUUAAACUGUAUGGCCUUGGUAUGGAUUGGCUGGGGGACUCCAUGCUGCUCCCAAGCCCCCAGCUCCUU